AACGAAACGGCGGGCCGAUUUGAAGGGGUUUGUCCUGUCUUCCAGUGCCUAAGAUGGGGAAGGUAAUGUCGAUGGCGCGUCGGUUUAUAAUAAAUUAUAACGUAGAAGAAAGAGCUAUAAAAUAUCUGGAGGUGAACAAAAAUGUUUUCAAGGCUCCUCCUAAGCAUCCGGGAACCGUUUCAAUAGUGGACGAACGAUAUGAGAAACUAUCAGCGCAUAAUCCGGAAUUGGAUAAAAAUGUUAACUCUUUAGGGAUAGUAGCAAAGUCUUUAAAUAAAGGAAUAUUACCCGAAGGUAUGGAAUACGUUAGUAAAACAACGCGCAAGCUCCCACAGGUUUGUACUUUAAUAGAAUUAUUAUGCUAGACGUUAGAAGUAUGCUGGCAUCUAUCCUUAUCCUCCACCCAGUGAAGACUUUGGUUUCGUUGUUCCAGAGUCGGUUCCAGAAGGAAGACUAACAAUGCGUCAAGCCGUCAAACUUAUAGCGACUCAUCAGAAAAGCGCUGCAGAUAUUGAUAGUUUAAGUGAAUUGUUUAGCCUUGACAAAGAGAAAACUAAACAAAUCCUUGACUACUUUUCGUUGUUUGAAGUCCCCGAUAAAGGUAUUUGGACUCCUCCUUCAAUGCAACAGUCCGAACUGAAGUUGUUAGAUGAGGCUGUAUCUUACGAGCAAAAUGACCUGGAGGAUUUGGGAGGAAAUGAAUAUAUUCAGCGAAAGACGGUGUUAAGGCAGUUGAAUAGAAAAUAAAUGAACCGCUUUUGUUCCCUAUAAAUAAAUAGUGAAUACAUGCUUGCGUGCUGACUUUCACUCCUAUGUAUGAUUAUAAGCCUUUUGUUUCUUCAUAGGAAUGCGUGCACUGAAAUCUUAUUAUCGUAUUUACCGGCUUUGUGGUGUACCUUGUUUCCCUACACCUAUUUCUCGUUCGUGUGCUGUCAGAUCGUCAUGGUUGCCCGAAGAUCUUACAGAACAUUUUGAUGCUUUUAAGAAAAAUAUAAUAUCCGAGUAUGAAAACGUCACUAAACUCAUGACAUCUGGGGCAAAAGAAUGUGACCUUAUUCCUUUAUCUGAAUGUUGGAAGAAUUUAAGACCAAUAGUAGAUGUGAUUGAAGAACUGGAUAUAUUACUUGAAGCUGAUAAAGAAGUAGACCAAUUAGUGACAGGUGAUUUUUUAUGAAUCAUCUCAUAAAAUACAGUAUCACAAUAUUUUGGUACCAACACAUUCAUAUUCUAAGUGUUUUUAGACAACUGGUUGGUAUUACUUACUUUCACUUCUAAAGUGUGUUUCUUACUCAAGCACUUUGUGAAUAAGUUAAUUAAAUUAACUUUAAAAUUGCUUAGCCAAGAAUUAUUCCAGUGUUUUUCUGUUCAUGAAGUUUAGUAUACUAACAGUUCACAAAGUAGGGGCUUUGUUAUAAUACAAUUAGUCCUCAUACUCCCUUAAUAUAAUUUAGGUAUAAUUCGACUUAGAAUACUCAGAUGAUAUAAUCCUGUUUGGUGAAGACGCUCAUAAAAUGCAGAGUCUUUUGGUAACACUGAGCAACAAUGCCAGAAUGUUUGGAAUGCCCUUCUCUCCCUCUAAAUGCAAGUUGUUGCUUCAGGACUGGUCUGCGUCAACACCUGAACUAAGGAUAGGGAGUGAAGUAGUUGAACGCGUUGACAACUUCACUUAUCUUGGAAGUCUGAUCAGCCCUAAUGGGUUGGUGUCUGACGAAAUCUCAGCACGGAUUCGAAAAGAUCGCUUGGCUUUUGCCAACUUACGUCGCCUAUGGCGAAGGCGAGAUAUCCGUCUAUCAAUAAAAGGACGAGUAUACUGCGCGGCAGUCCGUUCUGUUUUAAUUUACGG